AUUGUUUUGGCAAAGCCAGCCACUGUCUCUUCUUGGGAACCAACUUAAUUGCUUAAAGUCGAACCAAGUCUCUGCAACUAACAACUAAUGCUCUCGAUGGCGCUCUCUGGUUCUCGCAUAAGUCUCUCUCUCUCUCUCUCUCUCUCUGCGAUUUGUAUAAUGUUAAGUUGCCGAAUUCAAAUACACUGUAACUGUCUGCGUGUUCCAGGUCUCGAUCUGAAAAUGUGAACUUUGUAGGCUCUGUUUGGUUGCUAAGAAAAUUUUGGAGACAGAAAGUAAAGUUACAACGUUUCUCGUUAUUUUGCGCAUUUCUUGUCUUUUUUACUGGAUCUCUUUUGUUAUUUAUUAGCUUUUUUUUUUAUGCACCAAGUGUAAUUUCAAUCCAACCGUAGGAGAAAAGUAUAGUUUUGCAUACUUUGUUGGAUCCGGACUCUGGAGGUGGACGCAUGAUUUGUGGAAAUUUAGUUUGACUUUGAACUUUGCAUGGUUGCAAUUAGUACCGUAGGAUUUAGCUCCAAUUUAAGAUCAUGUAACCUUGUAGAUUAGAUGACUGUGGAACUGGAUGGAUCUUAGGCAAGAGCUGAUUAUGUUGAGUUUAUCUAGUUUCAGUGGUUCAUUGAAUAAUAUAUGUAUCUAUUGGUGGAUGCCAAUGAGUUGGAGGGGAUUACUCGUUCUGGUUUUUGAAAUUUGUUUAUGAAUGUUUUUUUUCAUGUUCUCUGUCUCUCUUAGUUAUAGCUCCUAUGAGAUUAGAGAUCCACAUUUGCCUUCUGGACAUGAAUGAUGAAUGUUUAAUUUUUAUUUUGCAGGAUGCUUGCCCCAUGGUAAAGAACAUUCUUCUGCUAGACUCUGAAGGGAAACGUGUGGCUGUCAAAUACUACUCUGAUGACUGGCCAACUAAUAAUGCAAAGUUAGCUUUUGAAAAAUCACUGUUUACCAAGACUAUGAAGUCAAAUGCCCGGACAGAAGCGGAGAUCACAAUUUUCGACAACUACAUUGUCAUCUGUAAAUUUAUUCAAGACCUACAAUUCUUUGUGACUGGAGGUGAUGAUGAAAAUGAACUCAUCUUAGCUUCUGUUCUUCAAGGUUUCUUUGAUUCAGUUUCUCUUCUCUUGAGGAGUACUGUUGACAAAAGGAUGAUACUUGAAACAGAUGCCAAUGUUAUUGCAGGAAAGGUGGCAAUAAAUAGCAUGGAUCCUGGUGCACCUUCGUCUGAGCAGAUUCUAGUUCAAAACGGCGGUGGAUCGUAACCGGCCUUCUAUACCCCGGUUCCAGGCCAGUUCAUGAGCUGGAAACGUUGAUCAGUCUAGUUCACAAUUCGAACCAGCCCGUGGCCGGGUCUACAUUACAGUCUACCAAAUGUAACAUAAAUGUUAAUUUCUUUCCAUGUGAAUUAUAAGAAAUGUUGAAAUGAAAAUUGUUAAAUCCUUGAAAAUGUGAUGGAUAGCAGAAACCACUUUCACAUGCUCAAGAACUCCGUUAUUUUUAUAGAUCACACAUUGCUAGGCAAAUUGUUGUGCUCAUGUAGUUUACCCUCUUGAUUUAUUUGCCUAAUCUUCAUGUUUCUUUCCUAAUAUUGUAGACAAUAAGCCAAGCACUGGCUACAGCACGUGAACAUUUGACAAGAACUCUCUUUCAGUGAGGCGUCCUUGAUUGCACCUCGCACGGAGAAAACAGUUCAGAUUUCAUUCUUUAGUCAAUUUUUUGUUUUCAAAAUGUUGGCAUAUAGCAAUUCAACAUCAUCUGAUACAUUUUGUUGAGGUUAAAAUUAGUGAGGAUAAUACCAUUUGGGCUUAUUAUGGUUUUACCCAAUCAAUAAUACCUUUCUUUGCUUGUCCUCAUCCGUUAGAUGGAUUUCUAAAGUUUGUGGUUUAUUCUGGCCCGUGGUGUCUUCCAAUUAAAUUAUUGACAAUUACUGGUGACCAUAGAGAUUGAGAUAAGUCCCUAUUGUCCUCGCUGGAGUUUCGGAAGAGGAAAUUCUGGGUGCCCCAACUUCCAUCAAAAUGAAGACAUAAACCAUUAUUUCAAAGAUGGAAAAGCAGAAAGGGACAUGGAGAUCAGUAUGCUUCUGGUAAUGGUUGGAUAUUUCAUAUCUGUGCUUUUAUAUCAUUCAUCUUUAAGUAUAACUGAGCCAUCUUAUGAGUAUAAAAUUGUUACUUUUCCAUAACAAAAGUAUCUUUUUUGUGGGUGA